GCCACGUAGACGACGCUGGGCGUAGAGGAAACGCUGCCAUGGCAGCAUGCUUCGUUUGCGGUCAUCAACUUUAGCGUCGCAGAGGCGGCCGAGACAGCGCCGCUCUUCAACGUGGGCUGCGCGGCGUGCGGCACGUCCAUGGCGUCGGUACUGGCAUGCGCCAAGGGCGCGCUACGGCUCGACUUGCCGAGCCACUUUCUUACACUAUCAUCGUUCUUGUACCGGCUGCAGAUACAAACGUUCGGAGACGCGCCGUGGGCCAAACUGCGCAUGAUCCAGCGCAUCUACUUCGCCAAGGACGACAUCUUUGUCCACGAUGCGCGCUUCCUUGGCCCUGCCAAGGUGGACAACGACGGUGUCUUGGCGUGGGAUAUCGCGUGGCCGACCAAUCCGUUCAAGGCGCGCAUCGAUCGCGGCGGCUUUCGGCAGCGCGACGAGCCGGUCCGGAGCGACAUCUUCUUCUUCGUGAACGACCGGUUCCUUGCACACCACCGAACGCUCUUCCGCUUCAUCUCGCCGCGGGUCGCUAACGCCAUCUUGCUGCAGCGCGUCGAAGACAAUGCGCCGCUCGACUCGGUGCGGCGUGCGCUCCACCAAGCGGCCUUCAACUUACGCCCACCGUGCGUUCCGGAUGCGCCGCAGCUGCUGCACACGGCGGCCAACCACCGCGCCUGUUCGACGCUGCAGCUGCUGCUCGCCCACGGCGCCGACAUCAACAGCAUCGACUUGGCCAACCACACGGUGCUGCACCACGCCGUGCAGAAGAACGACUUUGACAUGGCGUGGUUCUUCCUCGAGCAAGGCGCGCGCGUCGAUGGCGCCGUCAACACCACCGCGCUGACGCCGUUGCAGGUGGCCAUCAUGGGCGGCAACAUGCGCAUGGUCGAGCUGCUGCUGGAAGCUGGUGCCACGAUCGGUCCAGCGUGUGCGCUUCGUCUUGAAACCCCGUGCGAUGUGCUGCAUUGCGACCACGCCACCGCGCUGCAGUGGGCAUAUGUGUGGCGGCAGCCCGAGAUUGCGUCGCUGCUCUUGCGCAAGGGCGCCGACGUCAACGACAACCGCGGAGCAUAUCCGCAGCACAGUAUUCUGGCCAACUGCAUCAUGUCCCUCCAAGGCGACGAGCGCAUGGCGCACGUCUCGGCGCUCUUGGAGCACGGCGCAGCGGCCAGCAUCCACCGGCCCAACAAGGUUGCGCGAGGUCUGUUGUCAUACGUCGUCUAG